CUAGGUGGGCGGGGAGGUGGCGGCCGCACGCCCCGCCACUACCACCACGCCACACGACCCCCGGGGGCGCCGCCCCGUGCACGUACCCCGGGGGGCCCUCCCCUCCCACGACCAUCACGACCACACACUCCUCGCUACCACCACCAUCACCACUACCAGGCGGGGCCCCGCCCCCUGCGUCAACCUGUGUCAGUGACCACGACCGGUGGGACACCACCACCACUACUACAGCGACCCCGCCCCCAGCCCUCCCCUGCCACCACUACCACCAGCAGCUGCACCGGUGGGCCACCCUCCACCCACACUAGCACGUGCGCCUUCCGCGGGGUGACCCGGGAGCAGGGCGCGGGGGGUCACCACCACCAGCAGAUAGGGUGGUGCUGCUGCCCCGCCACUAUGACCACUGUGGGGCCCUCAGACCCCCUCCCGGGCUGCCUGGACGCUGACGCUGCCUACGUGUGCACCGCCCUCGCCCCCUCCUGCUUCCUCAUACAGAAGGUGCGAGAGGUGUCUGGUGGAGGCGGCGCAGUGCUCAAUCCGGAGGCUUCGGUGUUCCAUCUGCCUCCCGCCCUACACGCCGCCCACACGCCCACCACACCUCACGCCGUGACGCCAACCAUCAAUGGAUUUCACUCAAGUGUUUACCCCUUCAUGAAUGGGGAUGUCGCCAAACAGUAUUGCGGGGCAUGCCCCCCCACUCCUGGCCCCAUGGCAGUAGAGUCUCCCGUGGAGGCCUCCACCUCCUCCCCCAACACAUCAUUACCUGUAGAGGCUGGCACUACCACAGGCCAGCCCCCAGGAAAGACUGCUCUGGUUCCCAAGACAACAGAGGAUAUGGCAGCAGCUGCACAAAACAAGGAACAAGAGGGGAAUGCAAAAGCCUGCACUUCCCUCAGUAGUUCACAGCAGAAUGGUGAAGUGUCUCCGGAGAGCGGUCAACCAAGUGCCUCCCCCCUUCCCACCCCACUGCCAACCCCACCUCCUAGUAGUAGAAGCAGUGUGUCUGUUGAAGAUGGCAAAGAUCCAGAUAAGAAAGAGGAAGAGUCGCCAGAAAAUAAGACUAAAGAACACCUCACCACCAGCGAGACCCAGGGCACACAGACCACCCCUGCACAGACUCCUACACCAAGCACACCUGCACAGACUCCUCCUGCACAGCCUCAGCAGUCCAUCCAACAGACCCGGGACCAGAUAAAGCAGGAGGUGGCGCAGCAGGUCGAAUACUUUUUCUCCAGAGAAAACUUGAGCAACGAUCCUUACUUGAUAUCACAAAUGGAUAGUGACCAGUAUGUGCCAGUGUUUAUAUUAGCCAACUGCUCACAGUUCAAGAAUAUCACCAAGGACCACAGCAUUAUUGUUGAGGCUCUUAAAGAGUCGCCGUUUGUACAGUUGGAUGAAGAGAACAACAGAGUGCGACCUAACUAUAAACGUUGUAUCGUGAUUCUCAGAGAAAUUCCCGAGUCGACUCCGGUUGAUGAAAUUGAAUCCAUGUUUAAGAGUGAGGAGUGUCCAAAGGUGGUAUCUUGUGAAUUCGUCCACAACUCUUCAUGGUACGUCACAUUUGAAUCGGAUGAAGACGCACAAAAAGCCUACUGGUAUCUUCGGGGUGUUGUUAAAACUUUCAAGGAUAAGCCUAUCCUUGCCAGAAUAAAGACAAAGCCAAUUUCAAGACUUGGUUGCCUAUCAGUAUUACCGUCAUAUGGGAAUAAAGGAGCAGGUGAAGGGAAGGAAGGCACAGCUCCACCAUCUACUCCAGGUUCAGCAGGUCUCCAAAGUGGACCUGGCACUCCUGCUUCCUCUAGCAAUUUCAACAAUCCAGGAAACCAGAGGUUCAUGUAUCCCACACCGUCGUCUGCCAAUGCCAACACUUACUCGUAUUCCUACACCACACCUACAACGCCCAUGCCCACUGCCUUUUUUUAUCCCAACAUGAUGCAGUGGACACCUCCAGGGGGUUUCUAUGACAUCAAUAGCUUUCUGCAGUUUAAUGGUCUCUCACCACAAGCUGCCUUCAAACCUCCUACUAAUCACAACAUUAGAUACCCCAAUAGCAGAAGAAACUCGAAGCAUCGCGAUGGUGGACGCUAUGACAAAGGUGACAGUCGGCACAAUAGUGGGGCUGGUCUGGGUAACAGCGGAGGUAGCAGUAACCAUGGUAGCCAUCCUGGUCAUUAUCAUCCCAACCAGAGACCUCACCCCAGUCAUCACAGACCUCAGGCCUCUCAGUCCCCUUCACAGUCAUCACACCGUGUCAGCCAGCCUCCUCCCCCCACCACUGGUGCCCCUACUCCUCCCCCACCACCACCACCACCUCCACCACCCCAACCUCCUGCAUCAUUAUCAGCUGCUCCUGGUGGAAACAAUCAUGACAGCUUUGCUCAUAGUGACUUUUCAAUAGCUAGUCAAUCCAAUCUAUAUACAUCAUUCAGCCCACCCAUGGUGUCAGCUACACCUGUGAUCCAUAAUAUCGAAAAGAAGGAAGUGGUAACUGUGUCAAAGGCAUCUAGUAGCUCUAGCACUCUUCCAGUGUCAACACAGUCCUUAGGGCAGACGGCCACAAGUACUGCCGCCCCUUCUUCCUCCAGUACCUCUAUGCUCAAUUCAUCAACCACCGAGACACCACCUCCACCCACUGCUUCGUCCUCGUCACCAGCUAUUUCCUCUACGGUUACCACGACCAGUAGUACCUCACAACCUCCCCUACACCAACAAAUACAUCCCCCCUCACAACAUCAACAACCGCCACCACCCCAUCGACAUCAUCAGUAUCAGCACAUGCAGCAGCCUCUAGGUCCUCCACCUCACCGCAACAAUUACGGAAAUGACCACUAUCAUCACCAUCAUCCUCAUCACAUGACAAGGGACCCUCAGCCACCAAGACAGUUUUUUGAGAACUGGUACCAUCACAGGUCUCGAGGAAUACGACGGCGCCCACGACGGGAAGAAGAAAUAGCAAUGAGCGGCAGCGGACGGGGAGGCAUGCCCCAGCGUGGGGGUCUGUCUCAGCCGCCCAACAUGGACAGCAGCAAGCCGGGAGGUAACCAUCAGGAGGUCGCGCCACCACCGCCACCACCACCUCAAUUUGAUUUAGAGGCUGCAGCUUUUCCACCACUACCAAGUUCUGAUGAGCAAGUGCCAGUAACAGAAGAGAAGCGACCACCAGAACCUAUACCAUCAGCCUGGGGGAGUGACACCCAGCGGUUCUCUGAUGUGAUGAAGGGGACGGCAAAGCCACGGCCAACAUCCCAGUCCUCUCAUCGCGAUAAAGAGCUUCCUCUUGAACCUUUUACUCCAACAAGCAGUAAUUCUCCCUCACCAUCCUCAACAGUUACUGCAUCACCCACUGUCACGUCUCUUCAGGCACUUGCAGCAGCUAAUCAAGCUAGUCAGGCUCCUAGUACGUCAACCACAUUACCAUCCAACUCUGUGGAUGCUACCAGCAUGGCUCUAAACACUUCGUCUAACACCUCAUCUGCUCCUACAGCAGCACCCACUUCAAUAUCUUCAACAACUUUAGGGAACUCAAGUGUUAGCAGCAACAGCAGUAGUGCUAAUAAAGUUGAUGCGAAACCGGGACCGCGGGAUCAACGUGGGGUCCGUGAUGACCGACGCCCAGGUUCUAGCGGAGGCCCUCGUGACAGAAGAGACGGUGUUCGGGAUCAUCCCAGAGACUACCAGAGGGACUCUGCGAGAAAUACUGGGGGCAGAGACCGUGACCACAGACCAUUGAGAGAAAAUAACCUUCGCACGGGAAAGGAAAAUAGACCCGUGACAUCGAGACCGUGGAAAGAGGAAAAGGUGGAUGCCGAUGGUUGGAUCACCAAAGGCCCCAAGGAACCACGUUGUCAUAGAGAGAUGAACCGCGACCAGUGGGAGAGACCAGAAUCACGUGACACAAGGACACAGCAUCUGGUCAAUGGGGACUCUUCGCCCCCUUCUUCACCAAAACCACAAAAGACAGACACCAAAAGCAGUAGUGAAGAAAGCUGUGUAGAAGAAACAAAAGUAACAACAACUCAACCUUUAAAUAACAACGAUGGGGAGCACAAAACCAGCUGGGCAGAAAUGGCCUGGGCAUCAAAGGAUGACAUGGAGAGGUUGGCAGCUGAGGUUAAAGAGAAGGAUGAACAGGAAAAGAUCAAGAAGCAGAGACUUAGCACAAGACCACAACAGAAGCCACAAGAGAAAGUUUUGAUAUCCCGUGAGCGAGACGGCAGGCCCAUGAGGAGGGACGGACCUCCACGGGAAAAUCGCUUGUCCACAGAUAGGGGCACCACUUCGUUUAGGCCCCGGGAUUCUGCCAGACCUAAGUCACCCAAAUGAAGCCAUUGAAAGUGAACACCUGAGACAGAGGCUGCCCACCAGGCUAGGGGACUACAGCCAGGGACCACAAGACAUAAUAAGCACCCUGGCUGGUUCUGCCUUGUCCUAUACACAUACCAACACAUUACAAAGAAGGUGUAACUGCAUUGUUGGUGGUGUCCUCCGGCAGCUACUGAACGGUGCACUUGUGUGAUGUGUCCCCAGCCUGGUGAUCCUACACCCCACUAAUUGCCCAGUUCUGCUGCUGCAGUGUAUAUGGCUGCAUCAUCCUUCUCCAGUGCCUACGCUGUCUGCCAUUUUGUGUACAUAUUGACGACAUGACCGUGCUGUUUACUGUAUGCAAUUUGCCCAACUGGAGAGUGUGUGACCGGUGCCAAACGUGGGGCAAUCCUGCUUACCUGUACAGUUGAGAGUUUAUUUUUGACUAUGAUAGCCUUGUACUGUACAUUAUUGAAAAAUUGGAAAGUCACACCCUAGAAACUAUGUGGCUAAUUCACUUAAUGUGUAUAUGUGAGUGCUUGUCUAGCUUGUGGCUGAAUCAAAAAAAAAUAAAAAAAAGAUGUGAACAGAACAGUACUCUAUGGGAAAUUUUAGUUGUCUUGAACACUGGCUUCUCAUUGAUGCUGAAGUGAGGAUUCUACACUUAAGCUGAAAUUGUGACCAUCGACCUCUCCUUGCUGACGAGUAUUGUCGCGAACAACAAAUCUAUGGUUGCAUUAUUGGCGCCUCCCAUAUUUUGGCUGUGACCCAAGGAACAAGUUUCUUCAAAGUAUGAGAAGUAUACUUGCUCCGUGUAAAGGAAAAAGAGGGGUGUUAUACAUAACGAGAAACAUUGUGAGGGUACGGACUGUCCCAGGGGAAUAACCUUUUGCCCCUGCCAUUUGUCCCCACAGCGACCCAGGUUGUGAGUGUGUGCCAGUGACAAACGCUAUUUAAGACAAAUCUCUGGGGGAUAUAACAGGUCAGGGAACAUUUACCAUUGGGUUCUCAAGUGGGCCUUUGGUGAUAUGCAAGUGAUAAAUUGAACAUAAGGAGUGCGUUAUCACUCAUUAUUCAGUGGUUUAAGUGUUAAUGUAAUGGAAUAACUGCUACAUUGGCAGAUGUGUGACAAUAAAUGUGUUGCUAGUUGGUCGUUUAGGGAGUGUUUAUCUUUGGAUGGCCCGUGUCCUGCAGCUGGACUCAUUUUGUGUCAGAUCUUGAUGUCUGUGGAAAUAAUCAUGAGAACAGGACUUGUACAGAAGUGAAUUAUGUCCAUACCUGUAGUGACCCUAAACUAGGGUUUGGUUUUAUGAAGUACAUUAUACUGUUAACUUGGUAUACGGGAGUGAGUGACUGCCUGGUGGUGUGUCUUGGUGGACUAUCCUGAGCUUGAUUCUGUGUUGUACAAUACACAAUCUCGAGUGCAUUUUCAUUUAUAAAAGUGCUCUUGUUACAGAAGCAUUUACACUACCAGAGAUUUGGUUGUCUAUAUUAAUGUUGGAUAGUAAAGAUUUUAUUACAAAGUCAUGGCUUCCAUAUUUUCCAUUUGCCGUUGUAAUUGCAGAUAGUUGUGCUCUUGUCUCAAAUUGCUUAUUGGCCAGUGGGCAUAAAGCUUAGCCCAAGAGACAGUAAAGCUUGGCAGGUAAAAUGCUUGCAAAAUUUAAUACGUAAUAUCCCUAUAGAGUAUAGAAUGAGACGGAGCCAGCGACAAAAGACAAUUUUUAUUUAAUGUUGAUCUGAUAUAAAGGGGUGGUCAGUCAACCUUUGGCCAAUUAAUAGCUUUGAUCCCAGCGUGUGAGCACAUGAGCUUUACUGAUGCAUGUUUGAUGUACCGAGUGACGGCCACACCUUAAUGUUAUUGAGGAGGAGACUGUGAUUGGUUUGAAUUGAAAUAGUUUUCAAAUGUAUAUUGUAGUUUGUAUUUGCAUCAAGUUUGGUUGUCUAUUGUUAACACUGACACAUUACCAAGGCAUUUAUAGAUCUGUAGGUCAGUGGAGGGUGACAGUAAUUGUAUGGUUGUUUAGAUAUCAACACAGUUAAAAGUUUAUUGAUAAUUUUAACUUAACAAGGUUCUGUCAGCUUCUGUUGCACCUCUAAAUUUAUGGAAAUUGUUGCUUCUUCUCAUGAAGCUUGAAUCUGUAUUUACACAAUUUCAUUAUUCUUGGAAUGUACAUGUGAAUACAGGUCCUUGUAACAUGUGGUGCGGCCAGUAUGUUCAAGUUGCCUAGCAAUGGUACGAGCACUGUCAAGUUUCCUCCCAAGUAAAGUUGUCAUGAAUUACUUAACGUAUCUACACCUUGUGUUUUUACUACUCAUUACUGCCACUAUAUUUCACUCCAUUUAUUGUUUAAGACUUAAAAGAUCACGUAGGUUUCAGUUUCUGGUUACUCUGUGUAUCCAGAAUUAUCAUUGAUACUUUGUUUGGUCCUGAAAUUGUGUUUAGUCUGAUGAUUUUCAAAUGUUUAUAUUUUAAUAAGAAUAUCUAAUGAGGUAACUUCUCCCCUCUUUCAUCUUUAGCAUAAGUAAAGAUACUUAUUUGAAGUUUGCUGCCGAGAGAUGAAUCUGGUAAGAGGGUUCGACCUGUCCCAAACGUGCGAUUGAGUGAAAUGGAGCAAAGGUCCAUGUGUCCAUUCUCAUGAUUUUUAGCAGGGAAAAUAAGCCUUAUUAAUUUAUUACCUGAGUUUUUCAUGUCUUAGUCACAUACAGUCAAUACUGGAAUUAAUCAUCAAGGCACAUUCUUUAGAUGAAUUUAUGUGAGCCCCCUCCUCCCCCCUUUUUCCGAGGGUCAAAAUAUUUAAUUUAUGUAAUUCAGCUCGGGUUGGGUAUUUAUUCUUUGGUGCAAUUUUAUUCAGAAUAGAUUUAUAAUCAAUAUAUUGUUUUCAAGAUCCUUGUAAUGCAAAUUUUACAAACUGUAGCCCUCUGGGAGGCACAUAGAAAGUUGAGGCAUCAGCAGACUUUCAGUAGUGCAUCUACUAUUUUAUCUCGAAUUAUUAUCUUCAAUGCUGAUAUGACUUCUCACUCCUUAGAAACUUUAAAUUCUACUAAAGUAGCAUUCUGCAUUUGUUUGCAAUAUAUUUAUGUGAAGAACUCUGGCGAUUGAUUAAAUUUGCAAGGACAGUACCCGUGGUGAUACACGAAAUCUCGAAAAUCGAGUAUGAAGAUGGAUUUGAGAGCUACCCCCUAUACACUUGUGCUAGAUGGUAUCUCGGCUCUCAGAAGGUGGGAAAAAAAUAACAGUUUUAGAAAAUAGUUCACCUUACACUAGUAGAGCAGUAAAUAUGCUGGUGUUACCACACAAAACUCACGGUACACAGGGAUAUAGGAUACCAUUGUAUGAAGUUCUUUCUGUCCCCCUAGUGAUAUGAUAGAUGCAUUCUCUUAGACACCAACCAUUGUGAGCAUCACAGGAACUCAGGAACUCCGACCGUCAGAUGGCAGUGAAUGAGCAUCGUGAGCACCCAAGGUUGCUGUUCGGGUGAUGUCUGUCUCACUGAUUCUAGGUGCUGAUCUGUGUUGCAAGGAUAAUAUUUAUGCUUAUGUUUUGAAUAUGUGUAUUAUGAGAUUAUUUCCACUCCCAGGUUUGGAUGUUAGUCCUGCUACUUGUCAGUGGUAGACGAUAUCCACGAACUUCUUGUAACUUGGUCGUGUAAUGUUUCACUAUGAUUCCACUGUAUUUUGGUGAGGUAGCCAUGUGGAAGCUUCCCGUUUAUGCUCCAUCAGCUGAUAUGGAGGUAAUUGUAUUGUCAUCAUUAUCAUGAUGUAAUAUUUGCUCUCAAAUGAUGUUAAUAAUCCUGAUAUUCUGUGCGCCUUGUUCAUUUUUUGUUCAAAGUGGUUAUACAUAACAUUGAUGCCAAUAUGCAAGAUGUAUGAAGUGUGUGUGUGUAUGAACGCGAUCUCAACAUGUAUUUAAACUUGAUACUACAGAUGUAUAAAACUCCACCAUCUCCUCGAGUGAUUCUCUGGACAGACUUUGUGAAGGAGUAAGCCAGGGUAUAAAAAGUAGUAGUCUGUAAGAACACUUCCAAUGCUGUCACUACGUCAUCACUAUCUUUCUCUCACUCGCUCAACACAAAACAACCUCCUUGUUUCUGUUAAAAAUUUAAUUUGACAAAUAAAUUUCGCAUGUGGUUUUCA